UGGAGAUGCCGAGCGAGACACCGACAACGGUCACCUGAUGUACCGGAGCGGCGACGUCCUGGAGGACAGGUACGAGAUCGUCGACACUCUAGGUGAAGGAACGUUUGGGAAGGUGGUGCAGUGUUUGGACCACAGCAGGUUUUUCUUUCUCCUAGGUGUGUUCUGACACAGAGGCUAUGACAGGUGCAGGUGCUUAGUAAUCAGCGGAGACAGAGUGUGGGCAGGUGCUCCUGAUCAUCAUCUCUACACACCUCGCCAUAAAACCAGAUGUCAUUCUUCACUUGGAGUGGGACUGUGAAUCUACAUCUGUUAGUGUUCUUCACCAACCUGUGCCUCCUGGAUCCGCUGUUUGCACCAUUCUGUCCGUUGGAGAGAAACUCACCUGUUGGCUUCCUGGCUUCCAUGCUUCUGCCAGACUCUUCUCCAUUCCUGCCUCUGAAGCCAGCACAUGCCUCUAGCCUCCUCAUACCAGGAGCUGUUGGACCCCCAGCUCUCCUAACCCUCCCAGUCCGACACCUGUCUCUCCACUGCAGCCCCACAAUCUACACCUGUUAGGUCGUCUCUACACUGCAAUGGUUGGAGCCAGUCCUGCCACCAACUCUGUUCCCCUCGCUCAGUAAGCUAAUUCCCCAGUACAUAAGCACUACCAGAUAAUAGUUGUGUUCGGUGAACUAAUGUUCCUUCAUCGUUGAUUACUAUUUACGGCACGUUGCUAAUUCCAGCUAAGGUUAAAUAUGGGCGCUACAUCUUCAGCUGUGUUUUCGUGCACCACUGGGAUUUGGGGAUUCCGUUUGUUUGGGUUUAGUUCGGGGUUAGUUUCUGUUUGGGGUUUUUGUUGUAUUCCUGUCUUGGUACCAAGCUGGGGUUAUCUUUUGAUAUUGUUCUGUUGGUGUAAUUACUUCUUCCAUCCUGCAGAGGGAAUCUAGUUCUGGCUGCGGUAAGCGGAUAAGUAUUUCCGGGUUUAGCAGUUCCGGGUUCUAGUUGUAGUCCAGUAGAGUUAGUUCUGGUUCCUGUAUACUUUGGUUUCCUGUUCUAGUCCAGAAUAGUAGUUCCUGUUCCCGUUUCCUGUAGUAGUCUGGAAUAGUAGUUCCAGUUCCUGUUUCCUGUAGUAGUCCGGAAUAGUAGCUCUGGUUCCUGUUUCCUGUAGUAGUCUGGAAUAGUAGUUAAUGUUUUCCUGUACUGUUAAACUCUGUCAGGUUCCUCAGGGACCCUGAUCAACAGAACCUUUCAGGUCCAGAAUCUAGUCCUCAGCUGGAUGGAGGGCUGGACUCCAGAACUUCCACCUGAUUGUCCUAAAAACCAUCUCUGAGGAUCUUUGUUUGCUUCGACUCAUCGUCUGGAUGGAAAACUGAUCUUCUCUACGUCUCAUCAUCAGGUUGUCCUCCAGGAUUUCAUUUACACUCUACCUUUACCAGCCUUCCAGGGCCUGCUGCUGAGGAACAUCAUGAUGCUGCCACCACCGUGCUUCAUGUCAUGAGGCAGCCACCACAGUCUCUCCCAUCUCAGCUGCUGGAGCUUAUAACUCCUUCAGAGGAGUCAUAGGAGUCUUGGUGGCCUCCCUCUCUUGUCUCUUUCUCCUUCAGUGGAGUCAUAGGAGUCUUGGUGGCCUCCCUCCCUAGUCUCUUUCUCCUUCAGAGGAGUCAUAGGAGUCUUGGUGGCCUCCCUCUCUAGUCUCUUUCUCCUUCAGUGGAAUCAUAGGAGUCUUAGUGGCCUCCCUCUCUAGUCUCUUUCUCCUUCAGAUGAGUCAUAGGAGUCUUGGUGGCCUCCCUCUGUAGUCUCUCAGAUCUUGAGGACGUCCUGCUCUAGUCAGAUUUAUUCAUGUUCCAUCUUCCUUCCAUUUCUUAAUGAUGGAUUUAACUGGACUUCAGGAACUUUAAAUGUUCUUGUAUCGUCCUGACUGAUGCUGUUCAACAACCUUUUCUCAGAGUUUCUUGGUUCUUCAGUCUUCAUGGUGUAGUUCUAUCCAAGAGUUCUGAUCCACCAGAUACUGGACUUUCCACAUCCAGGAGUCUUUAUCCUCCGAUCAUUAAACUGUUGACAUACUUCACGAGGAGGAGGAGUGGCGACAAUCUACCUCUAGCUUAAAAAUGAACCACAGACCUAAACCUAGUUACAGUUCAUUUUGAAAAUCUUACUCUGUCUCUGUCUCUCAUCCAGAUUUAAAAGCUCAGAAACCAGUUUUAUUUGUUGUUGUAUAUCGUCCUCCUGCUCCUUACUGAGUUUUUAUCUCAAUUCUCAGACUUUUUAUCUGAUUUAGUGCUCAGCUCAGAUAAAGUCAUUAUUGUGGGUGACUUCAACAUUCGUGUUGACAUGGACAGUGACAGCCUUACGACUGCUUUUAAUUCAAUAUUAGACUCAAUUGGGUUUUCUCAACAUGUAAAUAAACCAACUCAGUUUUAAUCAUACCCUUGACCUCGUUCUGACUUAUGGCAUAGAAAUCAAACAGUUAACAGUAUUUCCCCGGAACCCUCUUCUUUCUGACCAUUUUAUGAUAACAUUUCAAUUUACAACAAUAGAUUGUAUAGGAGUUAAGAAUAAAUAUCAUUACAGUAGAUGUCUGUCUCACAAUUCGAUGACUAAAUUUAAGGAAAUAAUAGCCUCUCUAUUUAGUCCAGCACCACUUACUGAUAUAAUGGAAGGGAAAUAUUAUAAUUUUACCCCCACAGAAGUGGAUUAUAUUGUCAAUAAUGCUGCAGCCUCACUGCGUACAACACUUGAUAGUGUUGCACCUGUAAAAAAGAAAGUUCUAUCUCAGAGAGGACCUGCUCCUUGGUAUAAUUCCCAUCUGUGGACUUUAAAGCAGGCGUCCCGAAAGCUGGAAAGGAAGUGGUACUCCACUAAUUUAGAGGAAGUUUAUGUAGCUUGGAAAAAAAGUCUAGUAAUUUAUAAAAAAGCUCUUCGUAAUGCCAGGACAACAUAUUAUUCAUCUUUAAUAGAGGAAAACAAGAACAACCCCAGGUUUCUCUUCAGCACUGUAGCCAGGCUGACAAAGAGUCAGAGCUCUGUUGAACCUUGUAUUCCUUUAGCUUUGAGCAGUAACGACAUCAUGAGCUUCUUUACAAAUAAAAUUAUUACGAUUAGAGAAAAAAUUAAUCUGGCCCUUCCUGCAAAUGUCACAGAUGUAUCAUCGAGUACAGAUGUUUUAGAAUUGGCUGUAAGACCAGAUGGAUAUUUAGAAUUUUUCACUCCCAUACAUCUCUCUGAACUAAUUUCAAUAGUUUCUACAUCCAAACCAUCCACGUCUUUUAGAUCCUAUCCCAACUAGACUGUUCAAGGAGGCUUUACCUUUAAUUAAUUCCUCAAUGUUAGAUCUGAUUAAUCUCUCUCUAGUAACAGGUUAUGUACCACAGGCUUUUAAGGUUGCUGUAAUCAAACCUUUACUUAAAAAGCCCACUCUAGAUCCAGAUGUUUUAGCCAACUAUAGACCAAUUUCAAACCUCCCAUUUCUCUCUAAAAUUCUGGAAAGAACAGUUGCAAAUCAAUUAUGUGAACAUUUACAAAGGAAUAGCUUGUUUGAAGAGUUUCAGUCAGGCUUCAGAGUGCAUCAUAGCACAGAAACAGCUCUGGUGAAAGUUACUAAGACCUUCUCAUAGCGUCAGAUAAUGGACUGGUCUCUAUACUUAUUUUGUUGGACCUUAGUGCAGCAUUCGAUACAAUCGACCACAAACUUUUAUUACAGCGACUAGAACAUUCUAUUGGCAUUAAAGGGACAGCACUGGACUGGUUUAAAUCCUACUUAUCAGACAGGUUCCAGUUUGUGCAUGUCAACAAUGACUCUUCUGAGCAUACUAGGGUUAAUCAUGGCGUUCCUCAGGGUUCUGUCUUAGGACCAAUACUGUUCACAUUAUACAUGCUUCCCUUAGGCAAUAUUAUUAGGAAGCACUGUACUAAUUUCCAUUAUUACGCUGAGGACACUCAGUUGUAUUUAUCUAUGAAGCCAAAUGAAACUAAUCAGCUAGCUAGACUGCAAGAUUGUCUUAAGGACAUAAAGACCUGGAUGACCUAUAAUUUCCUACUACUGAAUUCAGACCAGACUGAAGUCAUUGUAUUUGGCCCCAAACAUCUUAGAAAAUUGCUUUCAAAGCAUAUAGUUACUCUGGAUGGUAUUACAUUGGCCUCCAGUACUACUGUGAGGAACCUCGGUGUUAUCUUUGACCAGGACAUGUCCUUUAACUCACACAUAAAACAAAUCUGUAGGACUUCCUUUUUCCACCUGAGAAAUAUUGUGAAAAUCAGGAACAUCCUGUCUCAGAGUGAUGCAGAAAAACUAGUCCAUGCAUUUGUUACUUCUAGGCUUGACUACUGUAAUUCCUUAUUAUCAGGUUGUCCCAAUAGCUCUCUGAAACAUCUACAGCUGAUCCAAAAUGCUGCAGCCAGAGUACUGACGGGAGUUAGCAAGAGAGAUCAUAUUUCUCCUAUGCUGGUUUCUCUUCAUUGUCUUCCUGUUAAAUCUAGAAUAGAAUUCAAAAUCCUUCUUCUGACAUAUAAAACUCUUAACAACCAAUCUCCAUCAUAUCUUAAAGACCUGAUAGUACCAUAUUAUCCUAGCAGAACUCUUCGCUCUCAGACUGCAGGCUUACUUGGAGAAGUGACCUGUAACUUCUCUCUAAAAGUAGAAUGUGAGGCAGAGCCUUCAGUUAUCAGCUCCUCUCUUGUGGAACCAGCUCCCAGUUUGGGUUCUGGAGGCGGACACCCUCUCUAAUUUUAAGACCAGGCUUAAAACCUUCCUUUUUGACAAAUCUUAUAGUUAGGACUGACUGGGGGACCCUGAGGGGGUCAGCUGGAGUCUUCCUCUUGGACGUCCCUUAGUUCUGCCCCUAGUUCUGCUGCUAUAGGCCUAGGCUGCUGGAGGACCUCUCUGGAUGCACUGAGCCCUUCUCUAUCUACCAUUAUAUUUAAUAUAUAUAUAUGCCAUUAUUGCAUUACACUCACUCUGUUUCUCCCUGUGUCCUUUCUCCGAGUGUCCCUGGUCCCAGAGCUGGAUGCUUCAGAUCUGUGGUGGUUCUCCCACCAACUGGCCUAAUCUCCAUCUGUGGGAUGCUGCUGCUGCUGACCUUCCUCCAGCCCACUGCUUCCAGCUGCCCAUUUCCAUCAAUCUACUCUGCAUCACCCUCACCAUACUUGAUUUGCUCGUCUACAUAUUUUUGAAUUUACCACCAGCUAUAUAUGUAGUAUAUUUAAUGCCAGAGCCAUACACCAUAGCAGUAAACUAUAAUCAGUUUCCAUGUUAGUUGUACUUUGCAUGUAUCAUCUGUCUGAUCAUACAUUUAUUAAACUGUGUGUUUUAUGGUCCUUGUGUCCCCCCCCUCUUCUCCCAGCCCUCUACCUCUACCUCUACCCCUCUAUCUCUACCUCUCUACCUCUUCUGUCCCUCUCAACCCACCCGGCCAGCAGCAGAUGGUUCCCCCACAUUAGAGCCGGGUUCUGCUCCAGGUUUUUUUCCCUGUUAAAAGGGUGUUUUCCUGCCACUGUCUCCUUAGGGCUGCUCUGGGGGUUCAGGCAUAUGGGUUCUGUAAAGCGUCUCGAGACAAUUUGACUGUAAUUGGCGCUAUAUAAAUAAAAUUGAAUUGAAUACUUGGGUAAAUAUUUGUGCAAUCACUUAUUUUACAUUUUAUAUUUGUAAUGAAUUGGCAUUAAUUAGCAGAAAUCUGUUUUCACUUUGACGUGGAAGAGUCUUUUUUUUUUGUAAAUUCUUGUCCAAAAAUCCAGAUUAAAUCCAGAUUGAGUUUUGAGAACCAGCUUCCAGUGAAGGCAAAUGCUUUACAGAGGUAAUGUGGAGCUUUAUGGGUUAUUAUUUAUGUUAAAGUUCAAUUUUUAAACUCACAGAGGUGGAAGUCGAGUCGCCCUGAAGAUCAUCAAGAACCUGGAAAAAUACAGAGAAGCAGCCAAACUGGAGAUCAGCGUCCUGGAGAAGAUCAGUGAAGAAGAUCCCAGCAACAAGCAUAACUGUGUUCAGAUGCUCGACUGGUUCUACUACUACGGCCACGUCUGCAUCUCCUUCGAGCUUCUGUCUCUCAGCACCUUUGACUUCCUGAAGUCCAACAACUUUCUGCCCUAUCCCAUCAGCCAGAUCCGCCACAUGGCCCAGCAGAUCUGCCACGCCGUCAGCUUUCUCCAUGACCUCCAGCUGACUCACACAGACCUGAAGCCGGAGAACAUCCUGUUCGUCAGCUCCGACUACUCGCUGGUCUACAACGCCAACAAGAAGUGUAAGGAGAGGAGGGUGAAGGACUCCACUGUGAGGCUGGUGGACUUCGGUAGCGCCACCUUUGACCACGAACAUCAUUCAGCGGUGAUUUCUACGAGACACUACAGAGCUCCAGAGGUCAUCCUGGAGCUGGGCUGGAGUCACCCCUGUGACGUCUGGAGCAUCGGCUGCAUCCUGUUUGAGUUCUACGAAGGAUUCACGCUGUUCCAGACUCACGACAACAGAGAACAUCUGGCCAUGAUGGAGAGGAUCCAGGGAGCGAUUCCUCAGAGGAUGAUCCAGAGGAGCAGGAAGCAGAAAUAUUUCCAGCGAGGCCGUCUGGACUGGAACGAGUGCACCAAGGCCGGACGCUACGUUAAGAACAAGUGCAAACCCUUAAAGAAGUACUUGCUGUCUCACGGGACGGAGCAUCACUUGUUCUUCGACCUGCUGGAGAAGAUGUUGGAGUACGAACCGUCCAAGAGGAUCCGUCUGUCCUCAGCUCUGAACCAUCCGUUCUUCUUGUACCAGAAAGGGAAGAACCAGAGCUGGAAGAAAGACGCCAGCAGAUGAUCUGAGGUUCUGGAUUCUCUUCAAGUCAACAGGAAGUUCACAAGAAAGAAACGCCGGAGAAGAAUCAGAGGAGAAAAAGUUCGAAUCAGUACCUGUGAGGUCAAAGCUUGGACUUUGUAGAUGAAGAAUGUAGAACUAGAAGGAGUCUAGAUGUUCCCUCAGCAGGACAGAGUUUAAAAGAAGAACUCAUCAUAAUACUGGAAAAAAUACCAUUUCCAUCUGUUCAUGAACAUUUGAAAAUAUUGCUCUAAAUAAUGAAAAAAUUCAAGAAAAUUUUCUGAAUUCUGUCCAAGAAACCCCAAACCCCUUUUCUGAAAACAUUCUGGUGGAAUUUUGUGUGAUUUUGGAAAAGUUUCCAGACAUUUUAGAGAAGUUUGGAAUCAUUUCGGUCACAUUUUGAGUCAUUCUGGGGACGUUUGUGAAAUUUUGGACAAAUUUAGGGUCCAUUUGGUGAAGUUUCAAGAUGUUUGGGACAAGUUUUGAGUUAUUUUGAGGAAGUUUUGUUAUUUUAGACACUUUUUAGGUCAUCUUGGACGAGUUUGAAUCCAUGUUGGAGAAACUUGGAGGCAUUUUUUAAAAUUUUGGAGAAGUUCCAAGACAUUUUGGAUGAAUUUUGAAUUGUUUUGGUCCAAUUUUGACUCAUUUUGGGUACGUUUUGGACACAUUUGGGUAAUUCUGGACAUGAUUCAGAUCCUUUUUGGUCAGUUUGGGUUGACAGCUGGUCCAAAAUUGGAUCUAUAGUGACUAAAGAAGCGUCCAAAAUUAGACCAAAAAUGAUCCAAAUUUCAUUUCUUCCAUAACCACAGAUUAUUGAUCUACUGUCCAAUAUUCCAGAUUGUGAAUAAAUAACAUUAUAAGAAAUAAGAACUUUCAGGUUUUUAUUUUUAAUAGUUAGUCAGAUUUAAUGAGAGAAUAAACCUGAUGGAAGCGACUUCUAAAACAUUUUAUUCUAAAAAAUAUUUGACAUAUCAAGCUGAAAUUUUGCAGAUAUCUUUAUAAAUAUUAACAUUUGAAGCUUUAAAGUUUUCAGACAGAUCAGAGCUGGUGGAACAGAAAUAGUUUUAAAAAUGUGGAAGAAGUGUGUAGGAAGUUGCAUGAAAAGUUGAAAAGUAGCAGGUUUAGUCCUUUAAAGACUGAAACUGUAAAAAGGAAGAACAGGGUUCAUGAUUCAUCUCUAAAAUUUAGAGGAUCUGUUCUGUAAAUACAGAAGCUUUGAGCUUGUUCUGUGUGUCUUUUUCUAAUAAAUUUUCUAUAAAAUAA